UGGUUGAAUUUUGUAAUGAGGCAUGGUUUUGUACGCAACCAGCCGAUCAAGGUGCGCAGGUUGACAGAUAAAGUGGGCGGCCUUCGAGAAGUGGGCAGCGACGAUGACGCUUCCUUCCUCCUCCUUGCUUAAUGCCUCUCACCAAUAUUGACUCCCACGGCAAUGAGGGGUUUUUAGAUCGCUCUAACACUAGCUUCUCUCAAGAACUCUGUUUACAGACCGAGGAGAAAGAGAUGGGAACCCCAAAAUACCUUCUCUUCUUUUGCUUCAUUCUCAUGUUCUUCGUUUCUGUCACCAUUUCUCAAAUGGAAAUCAAGGCCCACUCAUGUUCAAACACCGGCAACUACACCACCAACAGCACUUACAAGCAAAAUCUCGAUACCCUUCUUUCCUCCAUCGCCUCCAACACCCAAAUAGAUUAUGGGUUUUACAAUUUCUCAGCUGGAGAGCAACCCGACAGGGUGAACGCUAUUGCCCUUUGUCUGGCUGAUCUGACGGUGGAAAAAUGCAGGAGCUGUCUCGUGACUUCGACUCGAAGGAUUCUACAGGAUUGUCCAAACCAGAAGGAGGCUAUCGGAUGGUACACCGAUUGCAUGAUUCGUUACUCAAAUACAUCCAUAUUUCGCAUUGGGAAUGAUAGAGUGAUUGGCCCAGCUUUUGUUUCGGGUCAGAAAGCUUCAGAUAUAGAUGGCUUCAAUCAAGCACUCAGCAGCUUGUUACAAACACUCAGAAACCGGGCUGCGUCUGGGGAUUCUACACACAAAUUCGCUGUGGGGGAAAUUGCAGCACCCAAUUUGGACAACAUAUUUGGGUUUCUUCAGUGUACGCCCGAUUUGUCUGCUGUGGAUUGCAAUAAUUGUCUUAUGAAGGCCACUGAAAGAGUUCCAAAUGGAAGUACGGGAACGAGGAUAUUUUCGACGAGCUGUUUUUUGAGAUACGAGACUAAUGAUAUUUUCUACAACACUCUGCCGCCGCCGCCGGCUGCUGGUUCUGCUCCUUCCCCACCCGUGUCGCCUCCGCCUCCAACGCCAGGAAAUUCUGGUAGAACUAUUAUUAUCGUUGUGGUGUCCAUCGUUUCUGUCCUCAUUCUCGUUGUUGCCAUUUUCAUCAUUUUGAGGCUGAGGAAGCGGAAGAUCAAAAGAACAGCCGACAAAUUGGAAGGUAUUCAUAUUGGGGAUACCACCGACGAAAUUAGCAGUGUGGAGACAAUUCAAUUCGAUUUUGAAACCAUCAAAGUUGCAACAAACGAUUUCUCAAGUGAAAACAAGCUCGGACAGGGUGGAUUCGGAGCCGUUUACAAGGGUAAGCUAAGCAAUGGACAACGUAUAGCAGUGAAGAGACUUGCAAAUAAUUCACAACAAGGAGAUGUUGAGUUCAAAAAUGAAGUCCUUUUGGUGGUUAAGCUUCAACAUCGGAACUUGGUAAGGCUGCUGGGAUUUUGCUUGCAAAGAACUGAAAGACUUCUCAUAUAUGAGUUUGUUCCAAAUGCCAGCCUUGAUCAGUUCAUAUUUGAUGUUGAAAAAAGGAAGUUAUUAGAUUGGGAAAGACGAUCCAAAAUCAUAAAUGGUAUUGCACGAGGACUUCUUUACCUUCAUGAAGAUUCUCGCCUUCGAAUCAUACACCGUGACCUUAAAGCUAGUAAUAUUUUGUUGGAUGAAGAAAUGAAUCCAAAGAUUGCUGAUUUUGGUAUGGCUAGAUUGUUCGAAGUAGAUGAGACUCAAGGCAAUACAAGUAGAAUUGUGGGAACAUAUGGGUAUAUGGCUCCGGAGUAUUUGAUGCACGGCCAAUUUUCAGUAAAAUCAGACGUCUUUAGCUUCGGCGUUUUGAUUCUUGAAAUCGUGAGUGGAAGGAAAAACAAUUGCUUUCGUAAUGGAGAAAAGAUAGAAGAUCUGUCGAGCUUUGCAUGGAAAAAUUGGAAGGCUGGAACGAGUAAAAAUGUGAUAGAUUCAACACUGAGGGUUGGUUCAAGUGUCGAGAUGUUGAGAUAUAUUCACAUUGGAUUAUUGUGUGUUCAAGAGAACGCAGCGGAUCGUCCCACGAUGGCAUCAGUAGUUUUGAUGCUCUGUAGCUUCUCUCUCACUCUCCCUGUACCAUCGGAACCAGCAUUCUUCAUGCAUAGCAGCAUUAUUGACGAAUCCAGCACACAAUCGAAGGCAAGCCGAUGGUUGGAAAUGAAUGAAGCCACCCAUUCUGAAAGCCUACCCCUCCAAUCUUUAUCCAAUGAAGCUUCACUCAACCAGCUCCCCCCUCGUUAGAUCUUCUCGAACCUCCGACCUCUUUGUCGAUUGUAUUUACAUUAUGGCAAUUAAGUUAUAUUCAUGUUAGGUGAAAUAGUGUAUAGUAUGUUUGAUUUUUAAUUUUUUUUUUAUAA